AGCAUGGAGGGAUUCGAAACCCUAAUUGAGCCGCAUCUGCACACAUACACGUGUAUAUAUAAUUGCAGCUGCAACCUUUUAAACCCUCAUUUCACUUCCGCCACCACUCUCACUCCCCUCCCUCAGCUCAAAACUCCACUAAAAUUCAAGCGUGCACUUGGAAAACCUUAAUCCUUCAACAAAAUGGCAGCUCAAAUGAGCAAAAAACGAAAGUUUGUGGCGGACGGAGUAUUCUUCGCCGAGUUAAACGAGUUGCUGACGCGGGAGCUGGCGGAGGAUGGCUACUCCGGCGUCGAGGUUCGAGUCACCCCUAUGCGGACCGAGAUCAUAAUCAGGGCUACCCGCACUCAAAACGUUCUCGGCGAGAAGGGGAGAAGAAUUAGAGAGCUGACCUCUGUUGUUCAAAAGAGAUUCAAGUUUCCAGAAAAUAGUGUUGAGCUCUAUGCUGAAAGAGUUAACAACAGGGGCUUGUGUGCGAUAGCUCAGGCUGAGUCGUUGCGUUAUAAACUUCUUGGCGGGCUUGCAGUCCGCAGAGCCUGCUAUGGUGUGCUUCGUUUUGUCAUGGAGAAUGGUGCAAAGGGGUGUGAGGUAAUUGUUAGUGGAAAGCUUAGGGCACAGCGUGCGAAAUCAAUGAAAUUCAAAGAUGGAUACAUGAUAUCGUCCGGCCAGCCUGUUAAAGAGUACAUUGAUGCUGCCGUGAGGCAUGUUCUUCUUAGACAGGGUGUUCUGGGCAUCAAGGUUAAGAUCAUGCUCGAAUGGGAUCCAAAGGGGAAGCAGGGCCCCACGACGCCUCUACCUGAUGUUGUGACUAUCCAUCCACCGAAGGAAGAGGAGUUUUAUGGAGCUCCACCCGUAGCUGCUGCUGCUCCACCUCCUCAUGUAGAGGAUGCAGUGGUCUAACCAGUUUUGUGAGGUCUGAAGCAAUGUUUGUAGAUAGAGCAUGUAUAAUUGUGCUUUGUAUUGUAACUAGAUGUACCCUUGCUGUUUAAUCUUUUUUGUUGUUUUCUUGGCGCUCCGCCUCUCUGUAAUAUCAACUCCGUUUUUGUUAA